ACUGAGCGAGUUGACUUGCACGUACACAUGGAGAGUUGAUGGACUUUGUGUCCCGGUUCAUAAUUUCAUACAGUUUGAUACAUCAAGAAGGAAAUGUCUCUUGGACAACCUGACCUAACUGAGCUGCGAGUGGUGGUGUUGGGCGCAAAUCAGUCUGGCAAGACGUCUGUGAUAAGCACUUUGCACCGUCGGGCAGAGUUUGAGCUUUUUAAAAGAGCAGCUUGUGAGAAGGGAGACAGUGAGGUCGCUGCCAAUCAGGUUACCUUCAUUGAUACUCCGGGCUGGUGGAGGAAUAAUCUGUUGACUGAGACAGCAGGGUUUAUAAAGCAGGACCUUUUGCUGAGUGUGUCCAAGUGUCCGCCAGGACCACACACUUUCAUUCUGGUCAUUGGCAGUGAUGUCCCGUUCACUGAGAAGAACAGGAGGUCUGUAGAGGAGCAUGUAGGGCUCUUUGGGGAGAAUGCUUGGGAACACACCAUAGUGGUGUUCGCCAAAGGAGAAUAUCUGGAGGGUAAAAGCAUAGAGCAGCAUAUAGCAAGCGAGGGAGAGGCGCUGAGCUGGCUGGUAGAGAAAUGUGGGAACAGGUGCCACCUGUUUAGCAAUGACAGUACAGAAGGUUGUAAUGAAGUAGGUAAGAUACUGGAACAAAUUGAAAUUUUAGCAAAGACUAGGAACAGCCAUUUUGAGCUUGAUGAGAAAAUAUUAAGGGAAGUUGAGGAGAAGAGGAACACCUACAGGGAUAGAGCACAACAGAGACGGCAGGAGGUUCAGGAUCAAAGAGAAAUAUUACAGAAACAUGGGGUUAUACUCUCACUACCAGAAUUAAGGAUCUAUCUGUUAGGGUGGUUGUUCUCUGGAAAAACAUCAGCAAGCAAGACCAUUAUUGGCCAAGGAAGCAAUGUUAAGAGAAGUAGAACUUAUCAGUCUUUGAGAACAUCUGGAGAAGUUGCUGGAAGACGAGUAUCUGUGGUGGACACCCCUGGCUGGUGGAAGUACUUACCUGCCAAAUGCACUCCAGACUGGGUGAAGACAGAGUUGCAGAGAGGGCUGACCCUUGACUCCAAAGCUCCCCAUGCCAUUCUUCUGGCUGUUCCUGUGGACACAACAUUUUCUACAGAGCAGAAAAAGAUCACUGAAGACAACAUGAGGGUGUUUGGUGAUGAUGUCUGGAGACACACCAUGGUGCUGUUCACAUGUGGAGACCUGCUGGGAGAUACCAGUAUCGAGGAGCACAUUGAGUGUGAAGGAGAGCAUCUUGAGUGGCUUGUAGAGAAGUGUGGGAACAGAUAUCAUGUUGUAAGUUGGAAUGAUAAGGAAGAUGAAGUCGUGGAGCUGCUGAAGAAGAUAGACGAGAUGGUGGCUCGUAACAGCUUAUUUUGCCUGGAGGUCACUGAAGCUCAGAGAAGUGUGGUCAAAGACAUGACUGACGAGUUACAGGAAGAAAAUAGAAAGCUGGUUGAUUUCUUGGAUCUGGAAUGGCGGAGAAAGGAUACAGCUGUAGAGAAGAAGAUUGAGAGAAUAUCUAACCAACCUACAUCAAACCUGAGAGGAAGCAAGAAUGCUGACAUAGACUUUGGUGACAAUGAUCCGUGGUCUGAGAAGACUCUGGAAAAUUCCGGAAAGGGUAUCAGUCCACAAGGACCCCCUGAGGUAUGUACUCACAGUAUGUGGUCAUGUGGCCAACCAGGGCAGGAAGACCAAGAGCACACGUGUGAGAUAAGUGCUGUUCAGAUGGAGUGCUUAACAGCGAUGCUGGAGAGGGAGUGGAGUCGGCGGGAAAUUGGAAUCACAGAGAGAUUUCAGAAUAUGUUAUCAGAUCUACGGCAAUCAGGUAUAUCAUCUGAAGCUGAUGUGCAUGACCUGGAACUCUCAAUCAGAAAGGUUGUCAAAUGGUUUGAGGGUUCAUCGGGGCACGGCUCGUUUAUGGACGAUGACACAGGAGAGCAUGAGGAGAACAUGUGAAGUGUGAACAAUUUGAUGAGCAAUGAUAUACUGCAUGUCUUCUACAGGGGUUCCCAAACUUUUCAGCCCUCGACCCGUAAAAUAACGGUGCCGGUGACUUGCGACCCCCAUUAUCCCCAAAGGUGGUAGAAGUAUACAAAUGUUGUGCACAACAACAUACACACACUAAUAGGCCUAUCGAAACACUAGCGUAAUACCACAAAAGAAAGCCAUUGAAAAUGUAACCUGGCACUAAUCAGGAUGUAAUCAGGUUGGCACUAAUUUCUUUAG